CAUCUCGUCACCGCGACGUUCUCCCAUCCGAUCUAAUGCCACGCGUCAAGGAUCCGUGAGAAUCAAACUCAAGCAGGGAGAAUUCCCCAGCUCUAGACCCAUACGGGGCUCUGGCCACAAUGCCAUCCUACCUCCAAAAUGCCGCCCUCAGAACAAAUCCUCUUCGCUCCAAACUCUUCCGCUCCAAAUACCAACGCGCGAAGCUCCUCCAUGGCAAACGCCUUCAUGACAAGCUCCGCCGCAUCAACCUCCUCCGUCCACGACAUAUCCCUCCCACCGCUCCAGACGUCUAUCCGCUUCCGCUACGCAAUCCAUACGCCCUUGGCACCUCCUUCCCUACUAUGCAAGAAGCACGCGAGGCCAUUCUACACUACACCAUCGCUCAGAAUCUCUCCUACACUGUCUCACGCGCCGACUCGACACGAUAUAUUAUCAAGUGUCGAUGUGCAACCUGCCCGUUCAGGCUACGCAUCACGAUGAAAAAAAGCAAAGACGACCAGCAGGCGGUGGUGACGGUGUCACGGCCGCAUAAUUGCCCGCCGGAAGUGCAUAAGGGGUGGAGGUGGGCGUCGUCGGUAAGGUAUUUGGUUGCGAAGCAUAAGGAAUCGUUCAAAGAGAAGGGAGGGAGGAUGUUGGUGUCGGAAUUGAGGGAGUUGGAGUUAAAGGCUGGGAAUGACGUUAGUGAGAAGCAGGCCUGGAGGGCGAAGAGAGCAAUUGCGAGUGAGGUGCAGUCAUGACAUACACUGUUUGAUAAGGAAGUUCUGGUGUAUAUGUUUGCAGGUUUGUGAGAUUCAAACAAGCAGAUUCUUGGAUUGUUGACCUUCGCUGGGUGAAUGGUGUGAAGGGGUUUAUUGUUAAGCUGCUAUUUCUGUUCUGCAUUCAAGCAUUGUAUGUGGUCCCUUUGUUUAUGUUUGAUUAUCAAGUGUAUAAUCAGAAGUGAAAAGAAUCACAGUGUUAAUUAGUAUUGAGAUAA